UCAUCGCCUCCCUCCCUCUCUUCCACUCUCUCUCUCUCUCUCUCUUACCCUCUUUUUCUCUUCCUUUCAGUGUAGUCCCAUUAUCUAUCUUCUUUCUUUCUUUUCUUUCUCUCUUCUUCUUUUCUCCCUUUUACUUCCUCUCUCUUUCUCUCCUUGUGUCUCUCUUUCUUUCUCCUCUCUCUCAAUACACUAAGAGAAGGGACUUGCCCGACCUUCAAUAGAAAAAUAUUCUAUUAGAAAACCUUAACUCUAUUUGAGAAAAUUUCAUCCCAUCAGCUAUAAGAGCGGUUACUAUGUUUCGAGGACAUUUGGAACUCACCUCAAACAAAUGGAUUCAAUACCAAACUCAUUCUCAGUUCAAAGACCUAAUCAAUUUAUGAUUAUCAAAAAUUUUCUAAACCAAAGUUAAAUCAAAGAUAGAAUGGAAUUGACUAACUCUAUGAAAAAUCCCGAAGGCUACCAACCAAAUUCUGGACCCACUGCCAAUAAUAAUAGUGUCACCAUGUCCUCCCAACAAAUUUCACUAAUGUCACAUUUACAAAAGAAUCAAAAUUCACUACAUAAUCAGGAUAAAGCUUUACUUGCCCAGUUAGAACAUCAAUACAGAUUAUCAUCUACCCAACAUAUGAUAGAAUCACAACAACAACAACAAUCAGUUAAAAUUAAUGAUUCACCAAUUGGUAACCCUGUUAAUAAUAAUCUGAAAACCUCUUUGAAUUUCAAAAGUGAUCCUGCUCUUAGUAAGAAUACCAGUUCAACAAGGCCUUUGUCUCAUGGUCCUAAGCGUCCCACCGGUCAACAUGAUGUAAAUUCAUUUAAUUCAAGAACCCAUGGUGAUGUUAACUCACUAGCUACAAAAACAGUAACAAGUCAAACCAUAACAGUAAAAGUGGAUGUAAACGCACAAAUAAAACAAAUAGUAGUACAAAUAUUUCAACUAAAAUUGGAGGUGAUUUAACCAGUUCACCCAUGAAAAUUGACACUGCCUUUCAAAGUGAUACCUCAACGACAAAACCUCCUUCUUCUAGUGUUGAUUCAGCAACAUCGUUAACAACCUCUCAUGGAAUUAAUUCAACUGCCUCGAUUGCGGAAAAUCUGAUCGCUGAAUUUGAUUUAAAUAACAAGAAACAACCCAACAGCAAAAAUAAGCAAGGAAUCGAUGGAAUCUCUUGUGAAACCUUCACUGCCAACAAUCCAAAUUGUGCCGUAAACCGAAGAAAUUCAACCGACAUUGAUUCAUUAACAAACGAAUGCUCAAAUCGUAAAUCAACAAACAACAACAACAAUAUUUCUAAUAAUAAUCAUUCUCAUUCUCAUCACAACAAUCACACUAAUAAUAAUAAUAAUAAUGUAGUAAAUAAUAACAAUAGUAAAUGGGACCAUUAUUCAAAUUAUUCACCAUCGAUACGAUUAUCCAUUGAUAUGAAUGCUUCUCGUGCAUUGGAAGCAUGUAAAGGGUAUGGAAGAACGGGUCGAAUUGAUUCCAGUUUAUUAUCUGAUGAUCCUCGUCCUCCCUCGCCCAUUGAAGCUCCGUACCCGCCAUUGCCCAAAGACAAGUUAUUACCUCAAACACCCAGUGUUUUUCUUGAGAAUAAGAAAGAUGCCUUUUCGACACAAUUACAAGAAUUUUGUUUAGCUCAUCCAAUAGCCGUUGUUCGAGGUCUAGCAAGUGUAUUGAAAUUGGAUCUUGGCCUUUUUUCAACAAAAACACUAGUUGAAGCAAAUCCAGAGCAUUUGAUAGAAGUGCGAACACAAUAUUUACAAUUAGCUGAUGAAAAUUGGGAUCCAGAGAAACGACAAAUGGUUUGGAGAUGUGAAAGUCAUCGAUCUCACAUGUCAAUAGCUCGAUAUGCUCAUUAUCAGGCUUCCUCGUUCCAAGAAUCAUUGAGAGAUGAACAGAAUAAGAGUCAUAGUCUUUUAAACAACUCAGAUUCUGAUUCAAAUUCUUCAGCAAAUUCUAAAAUGAGACGCGGGAAAAAGAAUCGACCCUUUAAGACAAUUAAAUUUGGUACUAAUGUUGAUCUUUCAGAUAGUAAAAAGUGGCGACCACAAUUACAGGAACUUAUGAAGUUACCAGCGUUCGCUCGAGUUGUUUCGGCGGGUAAUAUGCUAAGUCAUGUUGGUCAUGUUAUUCUGGGAAUGAAUACAGUUCAAUUAUAUAUGAAAGUUCCAGGAUGUCGAACUCCAGGUCACCAGGAGAAUAAUAAUUUCUGUUCUGUUAAUAUUAAUAUUGGUCCAGGAGAUUGUGAAUGGUUCGGUGUACCUGAAAGCUACUGGGGAGCCAUAAAUAGCCUUUGUCAAAAAAAUAACUUAAGCUAUUUACACGGGUCAUGGUGGCCUAUUCUUGAAGAUCUACUUAAUGAAAGUAUUCCCGUCUACCGAUUCCUUCAGCGGCCCGGUGACAUGGUUUGGGUUAAUGCAGGAACAGUUCACUGGGUGCAAGCAGUUGGUUGGUGCAACAAUAUCGCUUGGAACGUGGGCCCAUUAACUGCAACUCAAUAUCAAUCUGCUAUCGAGCGAUUUGAAUUCAACAAAUUGGAAAACUUUAGGUCCAUUGUUCCUAUGAUCCAUCUUACCUGGAAUUUGGCGAAAAAUUUGAAAGUCUCCGAAGAGGAAUUGUUUGGUAGAAUCAAAAUCUGCUUAUUACGAUCCUUGAAAUGUUGUCAAAUGAUAAUGGAUUUUGUUGCUUCUUGUGGCCGUGAAAUAAGAUGGCAUGGCCGUGGUAAAAACGAAGCAGCUCAUUAUUGUGUUGAUUGUGAAGUUGAAGUAUUUAAUAUUUUGUUCGUUCGAGAGAUGGACAAGAAACACGUUGUUCAUUGCGUUGAUUGUGCUCGAAAAGCUUGUCCCAGUCUGGAAGAGUUUGUAAUUUUAGAGGAAUACAAAAUUGAAGAAUUGAUUGAACUUUUUGACGAUUUCCAAUUACACGGAAUUAAUCCUAUACAUUAAUGUUAAUUAACUAAAUUAUUAUCUACACACACACAAAUUGUAAUUGAUUCUCUCACCAAAUCCCAUCAAUAAUUUUCUUUUGCAUCAUUUGUAUCUCCAUUGUCACCAUUAUUUUCAUCAUUUCUACCACUCAGCAUUCAUUUAUUUAUUAAUUUCAAUCACAAUUAACAUUAGUUGUAAAUUUCCCAAUCACACCCAACAAACAUACACAUAGUCCACCGUUACCACCAACACCAACCUAAAGAAAACAAAAAAAUGGUUCAAGCAAAUCAACUAAUCAUACAAAAAAAAAGAAACUAAAACAACAACAAUAAUCAAUGUUUUAGUUUUAAUUUAAAUUGUUACAAGUUCACCUCCCCCAAUACCUCUAUUCCCUUGAUUAAUAGACACAAAACAAGUUAAUCAAUUAGUAUGAUUUUCUCAUCAACAAUUUAAAAAAUCUUUCUUUGUUUUUAUUGGAUACAAAUUAACUUUAUCGAUUUUAAUUCAAUUCAACUUACCAAGCAAUCCUUUUUUUAUGAUCAAUUUGCUGAUUACAAUUAAAACAAUAAAACACAUUACAAUUUAA